AUGAUUUCUCUUAGCUUGAUAGCUGUUCUCCAGCUCCUCAUCCUUUCAUCUGUUGUCAACGCCUUCUUUGAGGGACCCCAGGUCAAGUUACCAAACAAUGAUGUUAUCACGGGUAGAGGUGACUUCCUUAGCGCCUUUGAAUCAUACUUAGGUAUUCCCUUUGCCGCUCCACCUGUCGGUGAUUUGAGAUUCAGGCCACCCCAGGCUUACAAUAAAAGUUUGGAUGGGUUUAAAGCCACCAAGUUUGGUAAAACAUGUCCUCAGCUCGGCUCAGUGCCCGACAAACAGAACAUUCCCGCCGCUGCUUUUGACUUAGUUCAACAAUGCCCUCUUUUCCAAGCGAUUCUAGGUCUGGAACAGGCGGAAGACUGUUUGUCCCUCAAUAUUUUCAGAAAACAGGGGCUCUCUUCGAGUGCUAAGCUACCAGUUAUGUUUUGGAUUUUUGGUGGGGGCUUUAUGGGGGGUGCUUCCACAACGUACUUGCCACAACAAUUCAUGACGCAAGGUGCCCUCCAGGGCCAGAACAUUAUUUACGUUUCUGUCAACUACAGACUCGCCGCCUUUGGAUUCUUGGGAGGAAAGGAGAUCAAGGCUGAAGGGAGCGGUAAUGUUGGGUUAAUGGACCAGAGACUUGCCUUGGAAUGGGUGGCUGACAACAUUGCUUCGUUUGGUGGUGACCCAGACAAGGUUACGAUCUUUGGCGAAUCAGCUGGGUCAAUCUCCGUAGCCCAUCAAAUGAUCGCUAAGAACGGUGACCAUACCUACAAGGGUAGACCUUUAUUUAGGGCAGCUAUAAUGCAGUCUGGUACCCUUCUUCCGACGAAAGAUAUCGAUUCCGCCUAUCCGCAACAAAUCUUCGACGCCGUUGCAAAUGCUGGCGGCUGUGGUGCCGCCUUCGACAAGUUGGCGUGUUUGAGAAGCCUUCCAUAUGAUAAGAUGCAAGCUGCGAGCAGUUCUGUUCCGGGUCUUUGGAGCUACAAAUCGUUGCAGUUGUCUUACAUGCCAAGGCCUGAUGGCAACUUUAUCCCCUACCAGCAAAUGCAGAUGGUCCAGGACGGGAAAUACGCGAGAGUUCCCUACAUUGUUGGUAACCAAGAGGACGAGGGCUCCGUAUUCGCUCUUAGCGGCUUGAACAUCACCACCGAUGAUCAGGUAAGGACUUACCUUUGGAAUAUUUUCCCAGACAUCACCGAAGAGCAGAUGUCCCAGCUUCAGAAAUUUUACCAACAAGACGUCACUCAAGGUUCGCCGUAUGGUACAGGCCAUUUUAACGCCUUGUCGCCCCAAUACAAGAGACUUGCUUCUGUUAUGGGGGAUCUCGUAUUUCAGGCCCCAAGAAGGUUCAUGUUAGAUCGCACCCCCGAUGUAGCCAGAUACACGUUCUUGUCCAAGCAAUUGAAGGGCCUUCCAAUCAUUGGUACUUUCCACGGUAACGACAUUAUCUGGCAAUACUUUGUGCUUGGCACCAGCUCAUUGAUUUACCAAAACGCCUUUAUUUCUUUUGCUCACGACUUGAACCCAAACAGUGGUAUGUUUACCAGAACCAAGUGGCCAAAAUACCAGACGAAAAAUACUUUGGCCAACAACAUGUUGUGUAUUAGGACUGUGGAUGAGUAUACCGGGAAAGACAACUACAGAAAAGAGGCCAUGAACUACACCAACAACAACUUUCAGAGUAUGUUGGCCUAG